AUGCUGGAGGAAGGCAACCAAGUUGGAUCUCAUGUACUCAAGAUGAUUGGGUACAUAGAGAGGCUUGAGAGCUUAGGUUCUAAGUUGGACCAAGACUUGGCUGUUGACCUAGUCUUGUCAUCGCUACCUCCAUCAUUUUCCCAGUUCGUGUUGAAUUUCAACAUGAACAGCGUGGACAAGAGUUUGACUGAUCUAAUGGUAAUGCUGAAAACUGCUAAGAAGGAUACGAAGGUAAAUCCUUCACUACAUGCAAUGAUGGUCAGAAAGACCAACAAGCGCCCUAGCACCGAGAAGUUUAAUCCCAAGGCUAAUGUAGUGAAGAAUCCUAGAUAUCAAGCUCAGAAGAAGCUUAAGAAAGAGAUGCAGGUACCCCAAUCUGAUGAGAAGGAGGCCAUGUGCUUCCAUUGUGGCAAGAAAGGUCACUGGAAAAAAAAUUGCUAUAUUUUCAUGAAGAAGAAUGGUAGUGGAGCGGAUGCUUCAGGUGUCUUUAUAAUAGAGAGUAAUCUUUCUGUUUCUUCAUCAUGGGUCAUAGAUUCUGGAAGUAGUUCUCACAUUUGUGCGAACAUGCAGGGUCUAAGUGACUGCAGAUGGUUGUCCAAGAGCGAAAUGGACCUACGAGUAACUAAUGGAGCGAGAGUUGCUGCAUUAGCUAAGGACGCUAAACCUAGGUUAAUCAGGUGGAUUUUACUUUUGCAAGAGUUCAACCUUGAGAUUAGGGAUAAGAAAGGAGCUGAAAAUGUAGUAGCGGAUCAUUUGUCUAGAAUAUCUCAAAAGUCAGAAAAUGAGGUGGAUGUUGAUUUGCCUAUUGAUGACAUAUUCCCGGAUGAACACUUACUAGCCUUAUCAAGUGUGAAAACUCCUUGGUAUGCAGAUUUUGUGAAUUUCCUUGCUAGUGGAGUGUUACCUCCGGAUUUUUCUCAUCAACAAAGGAAAAAGUUUUUUUCAGAAGUUAAGAAUUAUGUUUGGGAUGAACCUCUCCUAUACAAGAAAUGCAAUGAUGUGAUUUAUCGAAGAUGUAUACCUGAAGAAGAGUUGUUUGUUCAAUCCUGUGACCAAUGUCAGAGAACUGGGAAUAUAACUAGAAGAAAUGAAACAAUGUUAAAUUACAUUCUUGAGGUUGAGUUAUUUGAUGUUUGGGGAAUUGAUUUCAUGGGACCUUUCCCUCUUUCAUAUGGGAAUAGGUAUAUUCUUGUGGCAGUAGAUUAUGUGUCCAAAUGGGUAGAAGCUGUGGCAUCUCCUACGUGCGAUGCGAGAACAGUUAUCAAAUUAUUUAGGAGUAUUAUCUUUCCAAGAUUUGGGGUGCCAAAGGCAGUCAUUAGUGAUGGAGGAUCACAUUUUAUAGAGAAACAGUUUGAAAACUUACUUAGAAGAUAUGGAGUGAAGCAUAAAGUAGCAACACCUUAUCAUCCUCAGACUAAUGGGCAAGCUGAGAUAUCUAACCGAGAAAUUAAGUCCAUAUUGGAAAAGACUGUAUCUACUUCAAGGAAGGAUUGGGCGUUGAAACUAGAUGAUGCUUUAUGGGCAUAUCGAACUGCUUAUAAAACUCCUAUAGGGAUGACCCCAUUUCGAUUAGUUUAUGGUAAGCCUUGCCAUCUUCCAGUUGAACUAGAACAUAAGGCUUAUUGGGCAAUUGCAAAUUUGAAUAUGGAUUUAAAAGAAGCAGGGGAGAAAAGGAAGCUUCAGUUGAACGAACUUGAUGAAUUAAGGAUGGAUGCAUAUGAGCAUGCUAAAUCUUACAAAGAAAGGACAAAGAAAUGGCACGAUCAACACAUCCUUCGUAAAGACUUUAAUGUGGACGGAUAUUCUGGUUUUUUUCAGAUUCUGAUUCAUCCUCAAGACCAGGAGAAGACUACUUUUACUUGUCCUUAUGGUACCUUUGCCUAUCGUCGGAUGCCAUUUGGGCUUUGUAAUGCUCCAGCCACUUUUCAGAGGUGCAUGAUGGCAGUUUUUUCAGAUUUAAUAGAGAAAAUUAUGGAAGUUUUCAUGGAUGACUUCUCAGUUUAUGGGAAUGACUUUGAUUCUUGUUUGUCAAAUCUUUCUACUGUUCUAAAAAGGUAUGAAGAUACAAACCUAGUGUUGAACUGGGAAAAAUGUCAUUUUAUGGUUAAGGAAGGGAUAGUUUUGGGGCAUAAAAUUUCAGAGCGUGGUAUUGAGGUAGAUCCAGCAAAAGUGGAAGUAAUAGACAAAUUACUCCCACCCAUCAAUAUAAAAGGAGUUAGGAGUUUUUUAGGACAUGCUGGCUUCUAUAGACGCUUUAUUAAGGACUUUUCAAAGAUUUCCAAGCCAUUAACUAAUCUGUUGAUUAAAGAUGUUGAGUUUUGUUUUGAUAGCGAACGUAUUGAAGCCUUCAAUAAAAUUAAGAGUGCUCUUACAACAGCUCCAGUCAUUCAAGCACCUGAUUGGGAUCUUCCUUUUGAAAUAAUGUGUGAUGCUAGUGAUUUUGCUGUAGGAGCAGUUUUGGGACAGCGAAGAAAUAAGAUUUUGCAUGCGAUCCAUUAUGCAAACGGAUAUUCUGGUUUUUUUCAGAUUCCGAUUCAUCCUCAAGACCAGGAGAAGACUACUUUUACUUGUCCUUAUGGUACCUUUGCCUAUCGUCGGAUGCCAUUUGGGCUUUGUAAUGCUCCAGCCACUUUUCAGAGGUGCAUGAUGGCAGUUUUUUCAGAUUUAAUAGAGAAAAUUAUGGAAGUUUUCAUGGAUGACUUCUCAGUUUAUGGGAAUGACUUUGAUUCUUGUUUGUCAAAUCUUUCUACUAUUCUAAAAAGGUGUGAAGAUACAAACCUAGUGUUGAACUGGGAAAAAUGUCAUUUUAUGGUUAAGGAAGGGAUAGUUUUGGGGCAUAAAAUUUCAGAGCGUGGUAUUGAGGUAGAUCCAGCAAAAGUGGAAGUAAUAGACAAAUUACUCCCACCCAUCAAUAUAAAAGGAGUUAGGAGUUUUUUAGGACAUGCUGGCUUCUAUAGACGCUUUAUUAAGGACUUUUCAAAGAUUUCCAAGCCAUUAACUAAUCUGUUGAUUAAAGAUGUUGAGUUUUGUUUUGAUAGCGAAUGUAUUGAAGCCUUCAAUAAAAUUAAGAGUGCUCUUACAACAGCUCCAGUCAUUCAAGCACCUGAUUGGGAUCUUCCUUUUGAAAUAAUGUGUGAUGCUAGUGAUUUUGCUGUAGGAGCAGUUUUGGGACAGCGAAGAAAUAAGAUUUUGCAUGCGAUCCAUUAUGCAAGUAAAACACUUGAUGCAACCCAAGUAAACUAUUCUACUACGGAAAAGGAAUUAUUGGCAGUGGUAUUUGCUAUUGAUAAAUUUAGAUCUUAUCUAGUGGGAUCAAGAGUAAUAGUAUAUACUGAUCAUGCAGCUAUCCGGUAUCUACUUGGAAAGAAGGACGCUAAACCU